CCCGGGUAACGAGCAGCCCCGUGUCCCUCUGUCUUCCUCUCUGCCUUCCUCCCUCAGCACCCCGAGGUGAAGCUACUACCUCUCAGAAGGAAACUUUGUACAGGUUGUCUUCAGUCUGCAUGUUCUACAUUUUUAUUAUUCAAAAAAUAGAUGCUAUUUAUUUGACUGAGUUGGUGUCAUGCAGCAAGCAUCUGAGAGAUGCAGAGUUCGAGCCAGAAGGCCUGACAUGGCACUUUAUGUACCUAAAGCUCGAAGGGGUGUGGCACUCCUCAGGUCAGGCCAUGAGGGAAAAAGCUGGGAUCCACCUAACUCUGUAGGAAAAGAAGACCAAGAAGAAGGUGGAUUCUCCCAAAAGGAGAUCUUUAGUGACAAACCUGAGACUCAAAGACUAAAUACUAAUCCUGAUAAAAAGGAACACAAACAUAAGGAAGGAAGAAAAUCUUUAACAAAAUUAAGAAAAGACAACUGUCUUAAAGAAAGGAGUAAAGAUAGGGUUUGUGCUAAGAGGGAAAUCACGGAAUCCAAAAAUAUAUUAUCCCAAGGACAUCAGCAAAUUGUCCGAGAUCCUGAGAUACCAAGUACACCUUUACAAAGACAUUUUAAACCACAGAAGGCGGAGUGUUUGGAGAUUGAAACCAAAGAUGUGACAGCACAUGAGAAGUUGCUUUUAUCACAGUAUUGUCCAGAAAUUAGUGAGACUCACAUUCUCAACCAGCCAUUCCAAAAUGUGGAAUCCUGUGAUUUCAGCAGGCUUAAAUUAGAGGAGGAAAUAUUUGAAGAUAGAGAUUUGAAAAGCAAAAUUGAAACUGAUGCCAAAGUUGUUGAGAUACUACCUCAGUUUCCUGAAGUUUUUAGUUCUGUAUUAAUAAAAACUGUACCAGUUGAACUACGCUCUGAUUCUAGAAUUGUUCAAGAAGACCUGCAGACAUCAGAUGGAAUGUUGAAGCUCAGCAAUGGAGACAUCGCCACUCUUUUUGUUUCUGGAAGUCCAGAUCCUGUCACUGACCCAAAUUCUGUAGACUUUGAAGCUGAGAAUGUUGUUGAAAAACCCAACAGUGCAGAUUUCUUCGUGGGUCAGAACGGUAUAGAUACCAUUUCUGAGACAAUGGGUCCCAUCUCUCAUGAAAUAAUAGUUAGCAAAUCAGAAAGGGCAAAUGACAUUUUUGAUCCAAACAUGAUUAGAGAACAUGAGAAUGACAGUACCUCCGGUAAGUCAUGUACAAGGGAUGACCCUUCUGAUAGAGCUCUCCUUGCUCAUGGAACAGAUACAGACAGUGAAUCUAAGCAUUUAGGUGACAUUACCAGUAAGGCAUGUAGGAUGGACAGUAUAGAUGCCAUGUCUGAUCUAGUAACUUCAGGCAGCCCUUGUAUAGUUGCAGUUACAACAGUUGAUGAGGCCUGCAGCAACAUAAGUAGUUUCUCAGAAUAUAUAGAAAUGAGAACAAAUACAGCCCCUCUUAAUGUAGCUGGAAGUGGGAAUGACACUGAAAAUUUCAGCAGCUUGACUGCUUGCUCAGACACUUAUGCUCAGAAUAUUUCAUCUGGUUUCACAGAGUCAACAGGAAAGUUGAUAGAGAGCUUGUCAGAUUGUGCUUCCUCCUUACCUAUAAAGAAGAUUGCUGGUAGUAAUUGUAACAGUAUUUUGGACUCUGAACUCAGUAUGUUAAAUGGGACAGAAGUACUUUCAGACAGUGCCUUGGGCAGUGAUCUAGAUUGUACUGGUGAUAAAACAGAGCCAGUGCAUGAACUAAAAACUGCUGAAGAGUUCAAAACAAAAGAGGAAGAUGACUCAGAGAAUACAGAAGCUGAUGUAUCCUUUCCUGAUAUAGACUCAGUGUCUCUGGAUACAUCCAUGGGACUGAAAGCAGCAGAAACUUCUCACAUGGAGGGAAGUGCUGCUACGGAGGAGAGCUGGGAGUCAAUGUUUAAUGAUGAUGGCGACUGUCUGGAUCCACGCCUUUUACAGGAGUUAUCAGGAAAUAUGAACAACAGAGAAAGCAUCCAGGAACCUAACUUUGAUUAUUACAACCACAAAGUUUCUGAUAUUGAUCUCAGUGACUGUGAAUUCCCACAUGUUAUUGAAAUUUAUGACUUUCCCCAAGAAUUUCGUACUGAAGACCUUCUACGGAUUUUCUGCUGUUACCAAAAGAAAGGAUUUGAUAUAAAAUGGGUAGAUGAUACACAUGCUUUAGGAGUGUUCUCCAGUCCUAUUACAGCUCGUGACGCUCUGGGUAGUAAACAUACCAUGGUGAAGACCCGGCCCUUGUCACAGGCCACAAGAGCUGCCAAGGCCAAGGCUAGAGCUUAUGCAGAAUUCCUCCAGCCUGCAAAGGAGCGCCCUGAGACUUCCGCAGCCCUAGCCAGAAGGUUAGUCAUCAGUGCCCUUGGGGUUCGAAGUAAGCAGAGCAAAUCUGAAAGGGAAGCAGAGCUCAAGAAACUACAAGCAGCCCGAGAGAGAAAACGGUUAGAAGCCAAGCAACGGGAAGACAUCUGGGAAGGCAGAGACCAGUCUGAAGUUUGAACAUCACUCAAUGAAAGGGAUUAACUCCAUGAAUUCAGAAAAUAAUUUCCAUCCUCUUCCAGCUAAGAGGAUCCUUCACGACCUCUGUGUAAAAGCAGAUGUGCAUGCUGAUGAAGGAAAGAGAUAACAGCGAUCAAGACAAGGACUGAUAAGAGUGUGGAAAGUAGAUAGACUUCUGUCUGUCUUCACUCCUAAAUGCAGUUCUUUGGAAUCGCUUACCGUGUUGCGCUUACUGUGUUGCGCACCAGCCAGGAAGAAGCUUGGAAGAUGUGACUUUCCAGGGCAGGUCACAUUAGCAUGGGCCACACUUCCAAGACAUUUUAGGCAAAUACCAAGCAGAGGAUUCAAACCUGCAAUGAUGAGAGAUUUAGGUCCUGCAAAAGCAGGGUGUUUUUAUUCCAUAGAACCACACAAAGCUGGAAUGGCAGUGUUGGGGGGAAGGGAAAGGGGAGAGAGCAGUUAGCACAAAGAGGUAUAACCGUGUCUAGUCAUAAGAUAUACACUGCCAGUUCCAGAAGGCCAGAGUUGGUGAACUGCCUGAUGUGGGUGUUUGGACUCCAGACUUUGUCCUUAGCAAGAGCCUGGGGUUGCUCCUGCUGCACGGCAGCCAGAGGUAUGCCAGCGUCAUUUCUCAUAGGAAACCAGUUUUGGGAGAGCCGGUUGUAGUUGAAGCCGUGCUAUCAUGUAAGAGGAAGAUAUUAAAAUCCAUUUUAU